CAGUUUCACACAGACCCUGAAGAACCUCGAAACAAUGACAGAAGUUUUCAUGAAUGGCAAAAGAAACAAGAACUUAACUGUUCUGAUGUUCCCAUGGCUGGCUCAUGGGCACAUAUCUCCGUACCUAGAGCUAGGGAAGAAACUGAGCAUGAGAAACUUCAAUGUGCAGCUGUGUUCUACUCCUGCAAAUCUCACUUCUAUCCGGAAAAAAAUUGGAGAAGAAUCAUGCAUUCAGCUAGUGCAGCUUGAUCUUCCAAGUUUGUCGAAUCUUCCUCCUUGUUACCAUACUACUAAUGGCCUGCCCCCUCAUCUAAUGGACACUCUCAAGACUGCUUUUGACAGGGCAAAACCUGGUUUUUCCAAGAUUUUGGAGGCCGUGAAGCCGGACUUGCUUGUUUAUGAUUUUCUUAGGCCUUGGCCUGCAGAGGCUGCAUUGGAGCAGAGGAUUCCGGCUGUGCAGUUUAUAGCCACCAGUGCUACCAUGACAUCUUUUAUGCUUCAUGCAUUCAAGAAUCCAAGUGUAGUGUACCCUUUUUCAACCAUAUUUUAUCGCGGUUAUGAGAAUGCUCAAGUGGGAAAAUCAGGGGAGUGUGGUGAGCUUCGUAAGAAUAUUGAAAGCCUUGAAAGGUCUAAUGAAGUGAUUUUCAUCAAAGGAGUUAAAGAGAUGGAGGGGAAGUUCACUGAUUAUCUGUCUACAUUGUCUGGGAAAAGAGUUGUGCAUGUUGGCCCGCUGGUUCAAGAGCCUGACAGUAAAGAUCAGACCAAUUCUGAAAUCAUCCGGUGGCUUGACAAGAAGAAGAAGUGCUCAACUAUCUUUAUUUCUUUUGGCAGUGAGUACUUUUUGUCGAAAGAAGAUUUUGAAGAAGUAGCCCAUGGCUUAUUGUUGAGUACUGUUAAUUUCAUAUGGGUUGUCAGGUUUCCAGUUGCAGAGAAAAUCAGGGUUGAAGACAAAUUGCCCUCAAGGUUCCUUGAGAAAGUUGGAGACAGAGGGAGGAUUGUCGAGGGAUGGGCUCCUCAGGCUCGGAUUUUAGGCCAUUCAAGUAUUGGAGGUUUCGUUAGUCAUUGUGGAUGGAACUCUGUGAUUGAAAGCAUGCACUUUGGAGUUCCUAUUAUUGCCAUGCCAAUGCACUUGGACCAGCCUAUAAACGCUAGAUUGGUGAAGGAAUUCGGGACAGGAAUUGAGGUACUGAGAGAUGGAGACGGAAGACUUGAAAGAGAGGGGAUUGCCUCUGUCAUUGAACAGGUUGUUUUCAAGAAGAAUGGAAGGUAUGUGAGGAAGAAAACAAAGAAACUGUGUGCUAACAUCAGGAGAAAAGGCGAUGAGGAGAUCGAUGAAGUGGUCAGAGAAUUGAUGCAGCUAAUUAACUCCUGA